AUGCCUGUAAAGGCGAGACCGAGAGAGCCCAAGGCCAAGGACGAGGGUGCAGUGCUUGCUGCUACCCAGCCUUAUUACCCAUCUGCACUCUCUGCAUCGGGCUCCUUCUUCUUGGAGAAGAAUGAGACGUGGUUAUUUACCGCCCAAAUGGCAAAUCCAGCGAUUGCAAGGAGGAGGAAGAGGACGAUGAUGAUGAUCGCGAUGGUGAUGUUGCGUUGA